AUGGGCCGCCAGGCUUAUUUAAACCGGCUCGCUUUGGGUCGGUCACCAUACGAACCUCCAGAGACAGCGACAGUCGACCCUUCAAAUCCAGUGAGAAGGGUUUCUAACAUACAUUCCGACAAUUACAUGCAACAGUAUGAUGCACGAGGGCAUCAUGUCAACCCUGAGUCCAAAGCUCUGGGCCGAGAGCUCCGCAGAGCGAAAAAUGACAUUCUCUCUACUAUGGGGAUCGUGGUUAGUGGCGAGGACCGAAAUGCCAGCACAUCCAAUGAAGAACAGAAGAUGAACCAAAUCGCAACCGAGAAUGACUUCGGCUUGGUCAUAACUACCUUAGAUCAGCUAUUCGUGUUCUUCAGCACCUGGUGGUCAUCAUCCCUUACAGGACGCAUUCUGACAUUUAAGCACUAUGCUCACGCACCAUUGCUGGAUGUCAUACGCUCUGAGCGCGAGACCACGGGAAUUCUAGGGUUUUAUUGUGCUGGUAUUCCUGGCUGGGCAAUUUCUAGCACAUUAGCAAUUGCCCGCGAAAAUCCUCUCAGGCGCUUUCUCCUCACGAUCCGUGAUUAUGUCUUGGGAUUCACCGACAGCGGUAGUCUGUCCUUGAGUAUUCGUGCUUUCUUUUCUAUGGGAUACCACGUGACAAAGCAUUCAGUUCUCAUCUUGUCCCUCGAGGCAUACAUGUAUUCUGUGCUUCAAACACUUUCAUUAGUGCCUUCGAACUCCAUCCCCAGUCUUCGAAUGUUGAUCCCCUUUGGCGAGGCUUCUUUGUUCCGACUCCCGCCUCUCCCUGUGGACUUUUCUCUCCCAUCAAUUGGGGGUUUUGUGAUGCAACUUCUGACGUCCCCUGGAGUUCUGACAUUCGCUUACGCAUUUUACCUGCGCCCAGAGUUAGAGGAGCGCAUUUAUAGACUGAUCCGACGCCAAAUCCCCAAACCUACCGUCGCAGACGAGCUUUCGAUUCGAGUUGCCUACGAGGAAAACCUUCUUGAGUGGGUCGCCCCAACCCUGGGACGCAGAUCAGAAGAAGAAACUCGCCGUGCGAAACUUACAUUGGCACAAGAUAUCAAACAAGAGCUUGUCGCUUUACGAGGAUGGGUAUUCUCUCUAUUCGGACUUUUGUCCAAUAAGACCCCAGAUCAGCCGCGAAUCGAUGGCCAAGACCCUGAGAGCAUUGAAAACAACCUUAGACAAUCGAUUGAGUCACUACAACAUGAGCUCGAAGAAGUUCAACUUCGUGCGAAUUUCGCUGGAGUCGAGGCGCGUGAUAUUUUAGCUAGACCUUUGGAAACCAUCGCUCGUGGUGAUGCCCGCAUUGCGUCGCCAAAUUCGUUGCCUGUUGCGGAUUUGAAUCAAACACCUGAUGCUGAGCUGGGUCCAGACAUGAACCAAGUCCUUACAAACGAGAACCGCAUGUCUCAAUCUCCUGGUGAGAUGAGCAAUGACUUCUUUUCAGAAAUAGCUACCCUUGGACGAACAAGCGCACCCUCAAAUGCCUCACGCUCGCAGAGCCAAGCAAGCAAUGUCCAACAAGCUGAGCCUUCAGCAAGACCUCGUCAGAACUCUCGCUCCAACACUCUGUUCUCCCGACCAUCAUCCCCAGAAACAUCGCCACCCACCUCACCUCGCGUUAGAGCUUCUUUGAUUCAUCAGAGUUCCGACAUCAUCACAAUGCAGCUGGAGCUUUUGGGUAACCGCAAUCGCAACCCUCAAACCGAAACACCUUCCCAGCGGAAUCCGCCUUUCUUCGGUCGUAAUAACCCAGCGACUGCCAUGGACCGAAGGUCUAUAGCCGAUUUCCUCGAGGCGUUGAUCUUGAGCCAAGCCCAGCAACAAGCUACACAGCAAUUGCCACUAGUUGAAACCGACGGCGUAUCUGGCGUCACUGCCGGUGCCAGCUUUGAUACAGGCCAGGAUAUUCCUGCUGAGGAAAGUCAGCCUCAAAAUAUUGUUCAAGAGGCCAUGGCUGAUCACCAUGUGGACCCUGCACCUCUUGAAGAAACCCCGGCUUCCAACAUGCCAAAUAUUCUCCCAGACGGCGUUGAAGAGCCUAAUGACGAAGAACAAGUGAGCUUCCAACCAUUGGAAAUAGCCGAAGCUGGCGAAAUUCCUUCCAAUUCUGCACUCCAGCCCAUGACACAUGCACCUGGACUACCCGUCAUUUCUCACAGAGUGACGCUCCUAUCCGCCCACCCGGUAGACUCACUUGCAUCACAUCUCGCGUCAUUCAUAAGCACCAUCAUCCUAUCGCCCAUCGAAUCGCUUUACGUCCGGUCUCUAGCUCAUUCGUAUAUUGCUCUGCACCCUUCUUCUACGGUCCGACCCUCGGACCUACACUCUAUAGGCCUAUGGGGUGGCGGACGAUCCUGGCAUGAUAUUUUUGCCUACUGUGGUAGACUGGUUCUUAUGAGAGGUAUGCAGGCUGCGCUAAGAGCAGGUGUGUGGGGUUUCUUGGUCGGUUCCACAAUGAGAAUCGGGCGGAAGUUUUGUGGCUGGGGGACUCUAUAG